GUCAGAGUGGGAGUGAAAGAGGACCAGACAGCAGGGUGGAGGGAGAGAGAGGGACCCAGAGAGCCAGAGAGUGUGUGAGUGAGAGAGAGAGAGAGAGAGAGAGAGAGAGAGAGAGAGGGCGAGUGUAUGUGCAGAGAGGAUAGAAAGGCUGCUUGAGAGCUUGAAGAAGAGGAUAGAGUGGAGGCGACAGAGUGCUGGAUAAUGGAGGUGCAGUCGGAGUGUGUGGAGCCCCCCGUGGUCCCUCAGUGUGACCCCCAGCCAACCGGGAAGAUCAACAAAGCUGCUUUUAAACUCUUCGGGAAGCGGCGCACGGGCUCCGGAAUGGCCAGCUUUUUCUCCUUCAGGAACAAAGCGGCUGCAAACAGUGGCAACAAUGGGAAUUCUGAGAAUGGGAAUUCUUUGAAUGGGAACGGCUCGGUGGCAUCGGUGGAGCUCGUGAGGAGCAAAACCCACGAUGGACUAACAGGAUCUAACAAUGAUGCUGAUGGACAGAGAGGGGAGGGGCACGUCAGCCUGGAGGCGGGGCCGGUGAGGUCCCUCAGUAAAUCGCUGAGUUUCUUCUCUCUUCUGCGACGUGGGAGUUUUAGGUCAAGUGAAAAUGGAGGGGCGGGGCUUGUGAGAAGAGGGAGGGGCCUGAAGGGCUUUUUCAGCAGCAUGCGAUGGAGACGUAAAGACAAAACAAACGAAGGAGAGGCGGAGGAGUCAGAGGCUAAGAAAGAGAAGGAUGGGGAUACGGCAGACUCUGAAAAGGUAAAAGACAUUACUCUCACCCUUGAGCCGCCUCCGCACCAUCAUCAAGAGGACUGUGGUAAUGCAGAAGCAGCGCCGAACUUUCAAGCGACAGAAACGGCCACCACUAGUGUUAUCAUGACACCCCAGCACUGUGUAGUCCUGCCAGGGCCAUCUGGCGAGCCAGACUCCCCCUUUCCUUACACACCCACUGACUCGCCGCUCCGUCCGUCGGUGCAAAAAGCCAAAGCUUCAAUUUCCAGUCUCACACCUUCCCUCGCAACACCCCCUUUGGACCGGUGCAGCACGGGGGAUCCACCGUCAGAGCCUUCGGUGGAUCGACUCUGCUCCCUGCUCUUCACUGACGUCACGUCCCUCAAGAGCUUUGACUCACUGACGGGCUGCGGCGACAUUAUCGCCGACGCAGACGAAGAGGUGCCAGUGGGUAACGGGGGCAGCGGCACCAGCAGCAGCAGCAGUGGGGGAGGAGGGGGGAGUUCGGGAGCCGGUAUUGGGAGAGCUGUCUGUAUGACCAGCGCUGCGUCUCGCGGUUCCCCUUCCAAACCUUCCAUACCACCUCAGUUGACCCAACCCAUUUACUCCGUCUCCACAAGCUCAGCGUCUGCCUCUCUCCCAGCGCGCACCCGUGCACCUCCUCCACCGCAGCAGCAUCCGGCUGGUAGCGGUGUGGUGGCCUACAUGGGUGGAGGGGAGGAAAUGGCAAGUCCAGAAGGUGUGGAUGAUGCAGACAUGCAGGGGCUCUGGCACAUGCUGCCCUCCACAAGAGACAACUCCCCAGCCUUGCCCCGAUCACAUCAGCCCUCAUCCUCCACUCCUACUUCAACGUACCCCCCUCGCUCCAUCCCUACCAGCAGCCACCUCCCCGCCGCCCCCCGGAGCAUAGAGAGAAAGGUUCCCCAGGUGAAGGCGCUGGGGCUCAGUAAGAUUCCAGUAGUCGGUGGAGCAGCAAGCCGCGCGGCCAAGCCCCCCCUUCCUCACGCACAUGGUCGUCUACCGACGUCACCCGGUGAGAAAGAGCCGCUCAGUGACGAGGGCUACUGGGACACACCCUCGGCGACACCCACAGCAACGCCCGACGAGAGCGGACUGCAGCGCAACCAGAAGAUGGCUCUGUCACGUGACAGCUGCUCAGGGGACCACCUGUACGACCUCUACAACGAUCCUGAGGAGGAAGGAGAGGAUCAGCAGGGAGACGAAGAGCUAAACAGCACUCCUUCUCCAUCCACCGAAUACAGAAUGAGCCCAACCUCCCAGACCAGUCCCCCAUCCUCCUCCUCAUCGUCCUCCUUUCGCUCAAUGAAAGGAAGUGCCAGCCUUCCCCGAGACUCCAAAAUCCCGAUAAGCAGCAGUAAAACCCCGCCUCCCCACUCAGUGAGCCAGUCAGCCCUGUCUUCUGUUGUCGAGGCUGAAUCUCCUCCACCAAAGACCCAAGCACCCGCCCCUGCUCGCACCCGAAUCCCCGUAUCCAAGGUGCCCGUCCGUCGGUCUGGAAGCAAACCCAGCAGCACAGCCAGAGGGACUUCAGGCAAGAAGUGAAGGGUGCUUCUCACCUUCUCACCUUUGGACUUCAGUGCACAUUGCAACACUGCUCUUUAUGUGGAGCCAAAGUUUUUUUUUCCCAGACUAAGAAAAAUGUUGAACUGCAGAGUUAACAGUCUACAAAUUCCUCUAAAACUCUAAAAUCUGAAAAGCUCACAUUCUUUCUACUUUUUUUUUUUUUCCCCCAAGGGGUGUGUGUGUGCUCAUGUGGGGCGAGACUUGAAUAAGCGGUUUUGUUCACUUGAGAAAGUCACAAGGAGACUCCAAAAAACCUGGGAUAACAUUUCACAUCUCUGACUGGAACUUUGGAGCUUGUUUAUUGACAAUCUGUUUACUGGGUAGUAGAAUUCCAGGAAAAUGUCUGACCUGCUGAAGCUUUGACAGCUGACUGUAAAAGAAACCUGCGCACCUUUUUUUUUUUGCCAUUUUUCAUACAGAAUAACUCAAUUUUGUUCAUAAGGACCUAAUCCAAUCAAAGUAUUAUUAUUAUUAUUAUUAUUAUUAUUAUUAUUAUUAUUAUUAUUAUUGGUUUAAUCUGUAACAAAUUACCUCCUAACCCUCUGAUUUUAGAGCCAAAGUUAUAGAAAAACACACAGCCAUGAUUUCACAGUCUUUAAUAGUGUAAACCAGACUCACAGC